AUGUCAAAUCGAUCUGAUAGGCCUACAGUCAUACAGGGAUGGCGAUCACAAGUUAUAAUGAUAUAUCAAGACCAUUUAACGAAGUUUGUCCAGUUACGACCUUUGAAAACUAAGACAGCUGAAGAAGUAGCGUAUCAUCUUCUUCAAAUAUUUUUAACAUUUGGUUCUUCAGCUAUAUUGCAAUCAGAUAAUGAUAGUUCACGGAAAGCCAGUCAUAGUCAAACACAAGGCUCAGCUGAAUGGGACAAUCAGGAUAUACAGAAUAUGUUAACUGCAUGGAUGAACGAUACCGAUACAAAUAAAUGGUCAGAUGGUUUGCCGUUUGUUGAAUUUGCCAAGAACACAACAUACCAUGAAGGAAUACGCCAAAGUUCUUAUGAAGCCCUGUUUGGCGUUAAACCAAAAAGAGGUAUAGCAUCGUCAUCUUUGUCUGGCGAACAAUUCGCAAAUAUUGAAACUGAAGAACAGCUCGAAGAAAUUGCUAAUACAUUAAAAAUAAAUUUGCCCGGACGAAUUCACAAAUAG